CCCCAGCAGUUCUUCUUUUAGUUGCUAGGGGCAGUGUUCAACAACAGGGGAAAAAUAUUAUAGGCUACUCUUCGGGUUCUUUGGUUUCCAUCCCAUCCAUCUAAAUGUAGCUCGAAGCUAAGCUAGGCUAGUAGCCAAACACACCGAAUGUGUCCCUCCGCUUCCACGUUCGACUCCUGACAUUCCCCGCACAUUCCUGGACGAAUUCGUGUCGACUGCCCAGAGUCCGCGAAUUCAAGUCCGCUGCACUACCUACCGACUUAGCUAACGAGUCCACUAUCUUGUUUUCAAAUAGAUAAUAACCAACAGAAACUGCUCUGGAAACACCAAGUGAGAGACGGACCGCGCCCUCCCUACCGCCAUCGACAUGUCUCUGCAUCAGUUCCUGCUCGAGCCCAUCACCUGUCAUGCGUGGAACCGGGACAGAACCCAGAUCGCCAUCAGUCCCAACAACCACGAGGUGCACAUCUAUAGGAAGAGCAGCAACCAGUGGGUGAAGAGCCACGAGCUGAAGGAGCACAAUGGACACAUCACAGGUAUCGACUGGGCCCCCAAAUCUGACCGCAUAGUGACCUGCGGGGCGGACCGCAACGCCUACGUGUGGUCCCUGAAGGACGGGGUUUGGAAGCCGACCCUUGUUAUUCUCCGGAUCAACCGGGCCGCCACCUUCGUGAAGUGGUCUCCCCUGGAGAACAAGUUUGCAGUGGGGAGCGGAGCACGGCUCAUAUCGGUGUGCUACUUCGAGUCUGAAAACGACUGGUGGGUGAGUAAGCACAUCAAGAAGCCGAUCCGCUCCACCAUCCUCAGUCUGGACUGGCAUCCCAACAAUGUUCUGCUGGCAGCUGGAUCCUGUGACUUCAAGUGCAGGGUGUUCUCGGCCUAUAUCAAGGAGGUGGAGGAGAAGCCUGGUCCCACCCCCUGGGGCUCCAAGAUGCCGUUUGGGGCGGUGCUGGCUGAGUUUGGGGGCGCAGGUGGUGGAGGAUGGGUCCACUCUGUGUCCUUCUCUUCCUCUGGGAGCCGGCUGGCCUGGGUCUCGCACGACUCCACUGUCACUGUGGUGGACAGCAUCAAGGGCUCCACACCGUCCCAGCUGAAGACUGAGUUCCUCCCACUGCUCAGUGUCGUCUUCAUCUCUGAGAACAGCCUGCUGGCAGCGGGUCAUGACUGCUGCCCAAUGCUGUUCCGCUUUGAUGAUGGAGGUUCCUUGACAUUGGUCUCCAGACUGGACCUCCCUAAAGCCUCCAUCACCAGGAACAUGUCGGCCAUGGAACGCUUCCGGAACAUGGACAAAAGAGCCACGACGGAGGACCGUAACACCGCCCUGGAUACACUGCACCAGAACAGCAUCACUCAGGUGUCCAUCUAUGAAGGCGAUAAGAGUGACUGCCGAAAGUUCUGCACUACUGGCAUCGACGGAGCCAUGACCAUCUGGGACUUUAAGAGUCUGGAGGCGUCUAUCCAGGGGCUGCGUAUCAUGUGAAGGACCAGCCAAGCAACACACCAGCCACCCGCCACGCCCCAAAACUCAGCCCCCCACCUCCCCCCCAGCGGCCAGUAACUCAGUCUGACCAUGCUGAAGAGCACUGACUACACACACACACACACACACACAUGCACAUAAAAUGAGCUGACACCAUGUGUGACAUCACUGUUGAUUGUUUAUGAAUGAAGGCUAAGGGGUCAAGGGUCAGCCUGAGGACCCCGUUUUGUAUACUGUUUUGUGUGUGUGUGUGUGUUCUAAUGAGACUAAUAAUACUAAUGACAACAGAACGGUGAUGUCACUACAACACUACAUUACCCAGAAGGACAUGCUCCUACGAGAGCCCUGCCCAGCAGCACCAUGUCCCCUCGGCACUGCUUCACCCCCCAGGGACCCCUGAGGCCCAGCGCCCUCUGAAGGAAGCAGGGUGUCCUCUGGGAAGGGUCCCGUGUUUAGCGUAGAGGCUGGAACUGUGGAUGACUCUGGUUCAGAACACAAUAAAGAAGAAACUAAACUACACUUC